GAAUGAAAUAUAAGAAAGGAAGGCAAGCCAUCUGCCGGUUUGAGAGGAUGCCAUGUGGGCCAUUGCACCCAUGGUCAAAGGAAAAAAAAAACUCACCCCACCUGCGUUUGACCCUCGACCUCCGUUCGUCGCCCCCACCACCUCGAAAUCCUACCUGCCCCGGCCGCUGGCGAUGGCGGUGGCGUUCCGGUCGGCGACGAGGAUAGCCUCCUUCUUUGGGGCCGUGGAGGGCGACGACGCCGGCUCCGGCACGCGCGGCCGGACCCCCAAUGCUGCGGGCGGCGGAGGCAGCCUCCGUCGGUUGAGGAGCCUGAGCAGUUUCCCGCCGCCGCCGCCCGGCCGCCGCUCUCCCCAGAGGACGUGCCGGCGCCCUCCUCGAGGUUCGUGACCAAGGUCAGGGGCGGAGGGUCGUUGGCAGGGUGGAGUCCGAGGACGACGACGGGGAGGUGCUGCCGUGCAUGGAGGACUCGCGUGGGCGCCUCAGGUUCCCGGCGCCCGCGGAGAAAGGCCACGGUCGGCUCCACCGGGAAAAGGGCGGCCGAGCGGCGAGCCGGAGCUGCCGGCACGCGCUGACCUGGCGCCCUUCCGCUGGCUAGAUUUGGUUCGGCUCUUCGACCCCCAUUUCUGUCGGGCACCAGCUGUGGUAAGGAGCAGCGGCCACGAUCGUCCGGUGUCGCCACCAGCUCGACCAUACCACAGCUGACUUUCCCCUCUGAAUGUGCUAGAUGUCGCCUCCAGAGUCUCAGUGGUGGCGUGAAUGGCAUGAGAAAGAAACGUGGUCAGAUUUAGUGUGGAAUUUUCCACCAUAUUGUGACGUUUGCAUGAGUGGGAAUGGGGGAAACCGUGGAGGUUGUUGUGUCUUUGCAUUAAUUUAUGCCAUCAUUGUACUGUUCAAUCGGCCAUGUUGCCCUUCUAGACUUACUAAGCUAAUUCUUCUCACUUUUUGUCAGGAAACUCUUCUAAGCAUCAACUCGUUCAUACCAUGAAAACCAUGGUGAUGUUAGUUUUGUCACAUCAAGAUCGAGCAAUGGUGGCGGAAGCAUAUCACUGGAUUUCAAUUAAGUUUGUCCACAUGGUACCAGCCUAUCUUCUUGCAAAAGGACUUGGUUUGCUAAGAAAAAAUGCUUACCAACAUUGUUUGCUUUGAGGUAUUUUUUUCGCUUUGCUGAAAUGGGUGAGAUGAUAGAAGAUAUAUGAAGGUGAGGUCAACUGGUGGCCCUUCAUGUCGGUGUGUCGUGGUGGGCAUGUGCCAGUCGACAUGUGCUCCAUCGAGUAUUGAGGAAAUGCUCGCGUGGGGAUCCGAGCAUGUAGACGAUGGAGGAGGACAUUGGAAGGGAGCGACGUUGUGCUGCGGCCCUCUUUGUAUAUUCUUUGAUUAUGAACUCUUCCUUUUGGUUGAGGUUAUGCAAUUCUCUGAAGAAUGCCCCUCAAGCUGCAGGCUGUCGCGUGGAACAGGUGUCGCGACUGGUGCAAGAAGACAGCGGAAGGCAUCUAGUAAGUUGCCUACUCAGAGCGAUGAGCUCCAAGAAGUGAAGCAUCAGUUAGUUUACAGGCGGCUUUUGACAGGGAGACCGCUUUUGUUUUGAUACCGCUGUGCUCAACUCAUGUCUUCACUAUGUCUUCUGGGUGUAUUGUCAGGCCGGCUUGAACUAGUGUUUGCUGCAUUGCCAUGCCGGCUUGAACUAACGACUCCGUGCCAAUGGCAUCGGCUCAUCACUGAGUCCAGUCAAACCCUACAUUUACAACUUCUAAUGAAUUAGUUCCUGGCCGUUCCA